AUGAAAGUCAUGACCUUUGGGGCGUGCUGUUCUCCGAGUAGCGCUCAAUACGUAAAGAACAUCAACGCGGAGCGGUUUAAGAAUGAGUACCCAGCGGCAUACGAAGCUAUUACGAAGUCACACUAUGUCGAUGAUAUGUUGAUCAGUGUAGCCUCCGAGGGUGAAGCCAUACAGAUUGCGGAAGACGUUAAGUUUGUUCAUGCACAAGGUGGAUUCGAAAUUCGGAACUGGAUCAGUAAUUCUAGACGAGUAACAUCGGCUCUACAAGAAGUUGACACGAAAGAGAAAAGUCUCGAUUUAUCUUCAGAGCUGUCCACAGAAAAGGUACUAGGCAUGUGGUGGAACACAAUGUUCGAUGUCUUCACCUAUAAGUUUGGAUGGACUCGUUACGAUGGAGAUCUGCCGAAAGAACAACGACACCCUACCAAGCGUGAGGUACUACGAGUGUUGAUGACUAUUUUCGACCCACUUGGACUGAUUGCACAUUUUCUGGCCUAUUUGAAGACCUUGUUGCAGGAUAUCUGGCGAUCUGGCAUUGGUUGGGACGAAGAAAUAGAUAAUAAUGCAUUCAUCAAGUGUGUCAAAUAUUCAUUAACAGAAGCCGACGAAGUACAAUUGUACACAUUCGUAGAUGCUGGAAAAAAUGGAAUGGCAGCUGUAUGUUUUCUUCGCAUUGCCACAAAGGGAGGAAUCCACUGUUCACUGUUCACCUCUAUAACUAGAGUAGCACAAUUGAAACUCACUUCAAUCUCUCGACUGGAGUUGCAAGCAGCGUUAAUAGGAACACGGCUCGCUCGUAUGGUCGACGAUACGCUGAGUAUAAGAAUCACAAAAAAGUUGUACUGGUCGGACUCGAGAGAUGUUUUGUGUUGGAUCAACUCUGAUCAUCGACGGUACACUCAGUUCGUCGGAUUUAGAGUCACGGAGAUCUUAGAAGUUACAGAAGCACAUGAUUGGCGAUACAUACCAAGCAAGCAGAACGUUGCUGAUGAUGGCACAAAAUGGGACACACAGCCAGAUCUCUCCCCUCAGAGCAGAUGGUUCAACGGCCCAGACUUCCUAUGGACAACCGAAGACGAAUGGCCGAAGUCAGUAAUACGGAAUGAAUCCACAGACGUCGAAAUCGUAGAAAAUCUUGCAGUCCACCACGUUGUAUCAGAAUCAGUUGUUCGCGUCACGGACUUCUCUAACUGGGAACGACUGAGGAAUGUAGUUGCACGUGUACUGCGAUUCACAGCAAACUGCCAAUCCAAGUUACGAAGACAAUCAACUAUCACCGGACCCCUUGUCGAAAGUGAGCUCAGCGCUGCUGAAGCAUACUUGAUCCGCUUGGCUCAGCAAGAAAGAUAUCCCGAAGAAUUCUCCAUCCUAAAUACUAAAACGAACGAAGAAAACAUAGCAGUGACUCCUCCGAGAUGCAGUUCACUAUACAAACUGACUCCGCGUUUGGACGAACGUGGUAUUAUGCGAAUGAGAACCCGUAUUGCAGCUUGCCAAUAUGCAACUGAAGACGCGAAGAAACCCAUCAUCUUACCACGUACGCACCACAUCACAACCCUAAUAAUAACACAUUACCAUCAUUAA